UCCUCUUGCGUCAGUUUGUUUUUACGUCCCCCCCUACCGAUCAAAAGGCUCAACGAAGAGGGAUAUUUCAUCAGAAACCACAGACGCCGCUCUUCUUCACUUCUUUUCCGUCUCUACCUUUCCACUUUUACCCUCCAGGAGGCAUUAAAAGGUCCUAAUCUGCUGCUUCUAAAUACUGUGACAACACACCUGCCACUUCCUGCUCUGUGUACUUAAGUAACUCCUGCCUAAGUGAACACACAUGCAUCAGAGGACCAAUAGUAUUCAAGUACUUCCUGUUUAUCUUAUUUGUCUUAAGCGUUUCUGCUGUCCUGAUUCAAAGUGAAUAAGAGGUGUUCUGUUUAAGCUGUGCCACUCAAACACACACACAGCCACCUACGCAAGGAUCGUUUCAAAAGCAUUGCUUUUUCCUGCACCCACGCCUAAUCACAGCAAGCAUGGCCAACAUGCUGUCCAGCUUUGGCAAAAACCUGCUGCGCCGCCGGGCGCUGGACUUCUCCAGUGAAGAGACCCAAUUCGCCCGCUGCUUAUCCACCCUGGAUCUCAUCGCCUUGGGGGUGGGCUCUACGCUGGGCGCUGGCGUCUACGUCCUCGCAGGCGAGGUCGCUAGAGAGAAGGCGGGGCCAGCCAUAGUCCUCUGCUUCCUCGUUGCUGCCCUUUCCUCCAUGCUGGCCGGCCUGUGCUACGCCGAGUUCGGCGCCCGUGUCCCCAAGACGGGCUCUGCGUACCUCUACAGCUACGUGACGGUGGGAGAAAUAUGGGCCUUCAUAACUGGGUGGAACCUCAUCCUCUCUUAUGUUAUUGGUACGGCCAGUGUGGCCAGGGCGUGGAGCUCGACAUUCGACAACCUGGUUGAACAAAAAAUAUCCGGCUUCUUUAAAGCCUCCAUGGCAAUGAAUGUGCCUGGAAAUGUGCUAGCAGGUUACCCGGACCUGUUCGCCCUAAUCCUGGUCCUGCUGCUAACCGGGCUCCUGGCCUUUGGUGUGAGUGAGUCUGCGCUGGUGAACAAAAUCUUCACUGGUAUCAAUCUGGUGGUCCUGGGGUUCGUCAUCAUAUCCGGGUUCGUCAAGGGGGACGUUGGCAACUGGAACCUUGUGAAAGAUGACUACCUCGAGUACAGGAACAUCACCAACAUCACCAACAUCACCCAAGCGACAUUGAAAGAAGAAUUUGGUGAAGGUGGUUUUGCUCCGUUUGGCCUCCCCGGAAUCUUAUCUGGUGCAGCCACCUGCUUCUAUGCCUUUGUGGGCUUUGACUGCAUUGCCACAACGAGUGAAGAAGCUAAGAACCCCAUGCGGUCCAUCCCCAUCGGCAUCGUGGCGUCGCUGCUCAUCUGUUUUUUCGCCUAUUUCGGCGUGUCUGCAGCCCUGACCAUGAUGAUGCCGUAUUAUCAGCUGAACACUGACAGCCCCCUGCCCGAGGCCUUCAGCUAUGUGGGCUGGGGGCCAGCCAGAUACAUUGUGGCCGUGGGUUCUCUCUGUGCUCUGUCCACCAGCUUACUCGGCUCCAUGUUCCCCAUGCCUCGAGUUAUUUACGCCAUGGCCGAGGAUGGGCUGUUGUUCCGUGUUCUUUCCAGAAUAAACACUCGCACAAAGACCCCCAUCCUGGCCACCAUUGCUUCUGGCAUUUUUGCAGCCCUGAUGGCUUUCCUGUUUGAUCUGGCAGCCCUUGUGGACCUCAUGUCUAUUGGGACCCUGCUGGCGUACUCAUUGGUGGCUAUUUGUGUCUUAAUUCUCAGGUAUCAGCCAGGCAAUCUGAAUUCGUCCCGUCAGAUGGAGAAGCUGGUGGAGCUGGUGGAAGGUGAGAAGUUAGCCGUGAGUGGAGGGGACAGUGGAGACGAGUACGGCAUGGAGACAGAAGACAGGCCCCUGCAAGAGACGUUCACCGCCAAGCUGCUCUUCAGUCCAAGUGGAAAAUGCCCAACUAAGACCUCCGGGAUGAUCGUCUACGCUACCACAGCUAUUAUUUCUGUUCUCAUCACCAUUCUGUGUGUAAUCCUGGCAAACUGUUUGCCGCAGCUGCUGGCCGGAGAUGUUUGUGUCAUAUUGCCCUGUGUCCUCUUGGCCCUGCUCUGUGUCGUCUGCAUUGUCAUCAUCUGGAGGCAGCCAGAGAGCAAAGAGGCUCUCACCUUUAAAGUCCCUUUCCUUCCCUGGCUGCCCCUGUUCAGUGUUUUCGUCAACAUCUACCUCAUGAUGCAGCUAGACAUGGCUACAUGGUGCCGCUUCUCAGUCUGGAUGCUUAUCGGCUUUGCCAUCUACUUCUUGUACGGUAUGAGAAACAGCAGCGAAGCUAAGAACAGGUCGCCCUCAGGCAAAUAUGAGCCGGCGCUGCAGAACAAAAGCCCGAUUUACAAGGGCGCCCCCGACGAGAGUGACAUGGAGGCCGGCAGCAGCCCCUGAUACAGACUGACGCAGACCUGAGGUGUGGUUUUUUUUUUUUUUUUUCUGAGCGUCUGCACCUCCAACCCUGAUCCUCUGCAGUGUAGGCAGCUCGGAACGCAGCCCUGGGUUUAAAGUGCGGGAGAAGGAAAAGAAAAACGCCACACACAUCUUACCUCUGAGGCUGAUUACCUACUUGACUACUAGAUGCUGUGAUGAAGCCUGUUCCCGGCUCGUCUGAGUUUCAACCUAGUUUUAUUCAGCCUUAGCCCACAUCAAACAUUUACCUGCCUGUAUCACAUGCUUUCAAUGGAUCUGACUAACCUGGAGCAUUAAACGCUCCUCAUGGAGGUGUGUUUUAUUCCGUUACAUGAAGCUGUAAACUGGAACAAUGUUACUUUUUUGUUGUUUUUUUAUGUUAUUAAUGUCCCCAAGUGGACCUGUUUAACCACUAGUAUGAAUCCCAGUGUAAAUCCCAAUGAGUCAUCAUUUGAGCCAGUAAGUUGACCAUUGUAAGAUCACUCAGUGAGUCCAGCAGCAAAGUGGCAGAGAGGGCAAUAAUCCCUCUCUUAUGAAUGUGGUGCAGUAGAGUAGGUUACUAGUGUAUUCACCAUUUGUAUGAGAGGCUGUGAGGUUUAUUACAGGUAGCGUCUGGUCAGUGCUGAUGUUUAUGUUUGAUAUUGUGCAGCUGAAGUUCUCACCGGAUGGGAUUCUUUAGAACAUUAUAGAAACUCCCUGAAACCGUCGUAGUUAAUCUGCUGGCUGCAAUAUUUUUAUGGUAUAAAUAGACAUGAGCCAAGUUAAAAUACCACGGUUUCUUGGUAUGAACGCCAACAUUUUAAACAAGAACGUACAACAUGAUCAAAUUACUUUUUUUUUUUAAUUUAAAACCCAAAAGCAAAGCGUGUUGUUUUUGCUGCUGAAAUAGUUGAGCAUUAAUUAAAAUAGCAUUUAUUUGUGAUUUUUAUGUUGAUAGAUGGACAAAAGCAAAACUAUAGAAUAUGAAACUACUAAAUUCAACUCUAAAUUUCAAUUUAGAAUGGGUUAUCACAAUAUGUUAGUUAUUUAUUGCAAUAACAAAAGUGCAGAUUAAAAAGUAUUGCUAAAAUUCGUCAGCCUGUCAAAGCCUUUUAAACACAGCAGCUGCUCUAAAAACAGAACUACAAACUGUAAAAUUGGUAGACUCAAUUAGUUUACUGCUUUCACAAUAAAUCACAAUUCUAGUUGCAAUUUUAUUUAUUUAUAUUUUAUAAGAGAAUAUUUCUUGUAAGCGGCGGAAAGCUCCAGUUAGAGUUCUUUCACCCAGUUGACCGGCAGUAUGCAGCAACACUUAGGGGAGGGAGGGCGUUCCAAAGGGCAAGCUCCACCUUCUGCCACUCCUCCGCCACACCAAAAGACAUUUAGGAGAUCCUCUGAUUCCUGGGCCAGGAUAAAAUGCAGCGUGGUCCUGCAAAAAGCAUGUAAAAUAGUCAACCUGUUCUUUGCAGUAGGCAGGGGGCGCCAACCCCCCAUUGACUGCAUAUACAUAAAAAAGAGAAAAUCUGUUCAACUUAUGUUUUGUUUUUUAUGUGGGGCUCGUUCGCCCCACCCUCUUUUUUUCUAAGGCUGCCCUGGGUAACCGCCCAUAUCAAAUAGCUGGAGAAUACCCUGUAUAAACAGCAUAACAACAUUUUUGCCCCUUUCAAACCAUAACUUUUUAAAACCUUGCCAUUGAUAACCUGCCCAUGCCUAGGUAUGACAUUAUUAUUAUUUAUUUUAUUACAGUAUUCACAGGUUUGCAUUCAUUAUGUGGCCUUUAAUAUCAACUGCAGUGACUAAAAUGUACAGAAAACACACAUCUGUUUGGUUAAACUUUAACGUAAACCUGUUGUAUGAAUUUAAAAACUAUUUUAAUAAUUUACCGAUUUAGGAUUUUGUCUACCUUGUCUGUUGUUGUUGUUGUUGUUGUUGUUAUUAAGCCAGGGUCCAUGUAAAGUUUUACCUCCUGGAAUAUCAUAUUUUUCCUUUUUUACCUUCUUGUAAAAAACACCUGUUCUCCACAAUGGCUCCUGGUUGUUUCUGCUACAACUUGAACAUUUAAACUUUGUUAGCUAAAUUCUCAUCACUUGUGUUUUAGUUUUAUAACCUUUAUUUACUUUUGUUUGUUAGUAAUGUUAAUAUUUAAGUGUUCAUUGUAUGGUUUGUCUGGGAAAGCUUUACUUUUUUCCACUUUUACUUAUUCAUUUUAACGUGCUUUUUAGCUGUACAGUUUUUCGAGUGGGGAUCUUUUUCUUUGUUUUUUUUUUUUUUACGCUAUAUAUUUCGUUUCUGAUCCUUUCUGACCAAAACUGUUUUCUAUUUUGUACUUUUCAAAAACUAAACAUUGAACGCAACAAGCUGGUGUUUAAAUUGUUCUGAAUAUAUUUUCCCCAAGCCUUUUUUUUUCAGUCAGAUCAAUAACUUAUUAAUAGCUUUUUUGUGUUGUUUUUAUUAUAGUACAAGUGCUUUACUGUAGAGUGUAUAGUAUUUGUUUAAAUAUAUCUGUAUAUUGCUGUAAAUUAUGCAAAUGUGCUUUCUUUGACACAUGACCUUACACAUAUACACGAUGAGACGAUUUUUGUAAAUUACUCUUGAAGGAACUGUUGCUGCUGAUGCCCAAAAUAUUAAACUAUAUGAGAUAAAAUUGCUCCCAUGGAAGCUAGAUUCUACUUUAAAACAUAUCUUUAAAAUGUUAAAGGGUAAAAAGUAGAUAUUUUUUUUUACAGAUGGUGCUAAAGAACCAUUUGUGAAGUCGAAUGUGAAAUCUGCUCUUGAACUUUUUGAUUCGAACAUUACGUUUUCCACACUUACUUGCCACCAAAAUGUUUUGUGAUGCAGCAUUGACUCACUCAGCUCAUCACAACCCGCCCAUGUGCCUUUUUAUAUAAUCAAUCCAAUCAUUCCCCCCACAUAUCAUUUAGAGCAACACAUGACUUCAGUUUUAUAUUGAGUACAUAUGCUUCUUUGUGUAAAAUGAGCUGCGUUUUAAUUUUUCUCUUUUUAAAAAAAAAAAUAAAACUGAUUUAUGCUCUUGGCA